AGAGCAUAAGUCAUUUGUUUACACCAAGCAACAACAACCCCAAUGGGGAGCUCAAAAACAGCCCCAAAAGAAAGAACUUGAAGUUAUGACAGAUGAGGAGCUUGAUGAGAGUCUCGGUGAGUUUUAUACGGAAGUAAAAACUCAAAAAGGCGAAGAUUACAGUAAAUCUUCCUUAAUCUCAAUGAGGCAUACCAUAGAGCGAUAUCUAAACAACCCACCGUUCAAGAGAGGAAUACAGCUUUCUGCUGCUAAGUUUUCGUUGUCCAACAAAAUGCUGAACGCAAAAAUCAAAGACCUCAAGCGACAAGGAAAACAAAACGUACAGCACAUGUUAAAUAUUUCACUUGGAGAUCUUCUUUUGUUAAAGUCUAGUCCAAUUAUAGAGAUAUCCCAUCCUCUCAGCCUUUUGAGAAAUGUUUGGUUCCACGUGGUUUUAUAUUGGUGCCGAAGAGGACGAGAAAGACAGAGAGAACUGAAGCCAGAGAGCUUUACGUUGGAAGUUGAUGAAGACGGAAAGUGUUUUGCCACCAUGACUCACGACGAAGUAACGAAGAACCAUCAAGGCGGCGUUCAAGAGAAUCCAACAUAUGAAAAAAAUGGUCGUUUGUAUGAAACAGAUAGUCCAACGGAUGGCUACAAAACGCUGAAGCUGUAUAUUUCCAAACUCAACCCGGAAUGCACAGCCUUUUUUCAGUAUCCUCGAAGAGACUUGGAGUGAUGAUAAAGUAAGAGAUAGCUGCUGGUAUGAGAAUCGCCCGCUAGGAGUUAACACGCUAGCUUGGAAAUAUGAUGAAAAAGAUAAGUAGCGAGGCAAAUCUAUCAAAGAUCUACACAAAUCAUUGUGUCCGGGCCACAGCUAUCACCGUGUGGACAGAUGCAGGCAUUGAAGACCGCCAAAUCUGCAAAAUUACAAAGUACGCCACUACAACUCUCAACCGUCAGCACAGCAGCUUAAACAGUUCAGCAAUGCUUUGUCUGCUGCUCUUCAAGGGAUUCCAAGUAACUCAGACCGUUUAGAACAGGUUCAUCGUCCAUCUGCUGGGAGUUUUGGUCCGUUAAACAUGAAGUUGAGUCAAACAAACAACACAAGCUCCUCCAGCACAGAAUCCGAAGUUUUUGGUGGAGUGUUCAAUAAAUGCAUGAUACAAAAUGCCAACGUACAGUUUGUCAGUCCUCUAAAAAUUAGUCCAGAGAAAGAAAACAUGUAGUUUUGACUUUACAGUUUUUUGAU